AUGACCACCUGCGGUGUUGAAUGGGUUGAAACCCAAUUUGGACCGAGGCCAGAAUGGACGAAUGAACCUAACUAUGAGGCUAUAUUACAGGCGGCUCGGCAAGCACUAAAUUUGAACGAGCUAUGCUCUGUCAGAUUUCUCGCGCAAGGAGUCUUCAGCAGGGUUUAUGUUAUAAGUUCACAAAGCGAAGAGUAUAUCUUUCGACUCAGCCUACCGAUGUAUCGACGUUGGAAGACAGAAAGUGAGAUUGCGACUAUGGAAUGGGCAAGAAAAACCACAUCUCUCCCCGUUCCUCGAGUUUUGGCACACAUGAAUGAUCCCUCACAAGCGGUUGGCUACGAGUGGAUAAUCAUGGAGAAAGUAUUAGGAAACCCCCUUGAGCAAGUUUGGGCAGAUAUGGACUAUCCUUGCAAGAGCAGAUUCAUCAAGCAACUGGCCGCAUUCUCAGCAGCCACCUUUGAACACAAGUUAAGAGGAAUGGGAAGUCUAUACUACUGUAACAGCUCCCUGUUUCCGGCACUCCCUCCUGGCAAUUUAGAGGAAAAGACAUAUCCAACUUCAUUCGACCCAUAUGGCGAAGGCAGCCCGGGAUUCCCCUUUAGACUGGGACCGGGAGUCUGUCCGCUAUAUCUCUGCCCCUACCUCGAACGCGAUCCCCAGGGACCUUUCUGGACCUCUCGAGAAUGGGUAAUCUCGUUAUUGAAAUCUGCCAGCGAGGACCUCCAAAUACGCUUGAAAGAAGGAACAGGGAGUUUUGUCCAAGGGCCCGAAGGGGUGGAAGCAAUCACUAUUCUUCAAAGGUUAGGAGCACUAUUGGAUGCCUUUUUCCCACCCCAUUCCGCCUCGGAACCUGAGCCCACCAUGCUCUACCAUCACGGUCUCAACGAGAAGAAUAUUUUGGUUGAUGAUGACGGCUCAAUUGCUUCAGUCAUCGACUGGGAAUACAUAUCUACUAUGCCACUGUUUUUGGCAUGUGACUUCCCCGAAUUUCUCAUCGACGAGUCUUACAACACUAAGCCAGACAUAGCUGACUAUUACGAAGGGGAUCAUGACCCGCGCUAUUGGACUCACCAUAGACAAUACGAGUUAACUCGGCUGAGGGAGGAUUUUCUGGAUGAGAUGAGGCGACUGGAGCCAAAAUGGGUUGAGAUAUUCGAGUCUACCCAGCAUCAGAGAGAUUUUUUCGCAGCCAUUACUAGUUGUCGGGAACAUUAUGGGGAGCCGAUGAUGUGCGAGAUACUUAGCAAUUGGCUCACUGAUAUAGAAUCAGGUGCGACGGACGUCAUGGGUUUGGACGAGAGGGUCUUUGACGCGCUUAAUUCGGCGGAUACAUUAAGUGAGAGGUCUGAAGACAUGGAAGACAUUGAGAUGGGUCAAUAG